AUGGAGCCGAAAACGCGCGAAGGUAAGAAAUUCAGACUUUACCGAAAUUUUUAUCAAAAAAAAAGAUUGAACAAGCUCAAUUGAAAUGUAUAUGAAAAAAUAGAGUCAAUUCAAAUUUUUGAUUAGUAUUUUUCUGAAAAAAACGGGUAAGAAUUAGGAGAGCAUCUUUGAAGUGAGAUAUAAUUUGAAUUAUGAAUCCAAAGCAGAUAUUUCACAUCAAAAUUAAUAGUAUAAGGAUACAAAACUUUACAAGUUAAUUGUUUUGUUGACUUACCAGGUGGAAAGUUUAUCGGUUUGUGAAUCGAAAAACCAAUUAUUUCCGUGAAAUUGUAAUGAAAAUAUGGAAGAAGGAUGAAAAAAAAGGUCUCUUUCGUCAUGAAAAAAAAAUUUUCGUAAAUUUACACGCGCCAAUUUUUCAUAAAGCGUGAAUGCACAAUUAUCGCCCUACGGUAACCCACAAAAAUGAAAAUCGAACAAAAAUGGCCGUUUUCAAUGAGAAUUUUGACUUAUCUUCCGUUCAUGAAUCAAAAAAAGACUUUUGAACCAAAUUUUUUGAUUUAGAUCUCCUCUGGACGGCUCCAGAAUUAGCACGAGAUCCUACUAUCCAUUCAACAAAAGAAGGCGAUAUCUACAGCUUUGCCAUCAUUUGUUCGGAGAUUAUCACGAAAACUCAAGCCUGGGAUUUGGAAAAUGCUAAUUUGGAGAUUGACGGUUAAAAAUGCACUAGUAGUUAGCGAAAUAAUUUUUUAGAAGUGGUUUAUUCGAUCAAAAAAGGCGGCCACAACCCUUUUCGACCUUCUUUGGACACCGACGAGGAAAUAAAUCCUUCUUUACCUUUAUUAGUGAGGUAAGUUGGAAAAGUCACACCUGUCUGCGCCCUCUUACGUUUACGCACUAAUUUGAUGUUUCCAAGACUUUGACGGUAAAAGAAAAAGAGUGCAGACAGGUCAGACUUCAAGUUGUGAAGAUUUGAGUAUUUCUGAUGAAUUUCAGAGAUUGCUGGAACGAAAAGCCAGAUCAGAGGCCCAACAUUGACCAGAUCAAAAAUAUCGUCAAAGGCUUGAACCAAACGGGGUUAUUUCGAAACUUGAUCUCUAGAUAAAAAUAUAUGAAUUUUCAGAAAUACCAAUCUCAUGGACCAUGUAUUCAGUGUGCUUGAAGCGUACGCGGCAAAUUUGGAAGACGAUGUGAAUAUUUGAAUUUUUUUCGUUUUAUUCAAACAAUGGCUAGAAGGUCAUGUGCAGCCAUUCCGGCCUGGAAAACUUGCUCUGUCGAACAAAGCCUCUGAUUGGCCAGUCAAUAUAUUUUUUACAGUUUUGGGGGAAAACUCAAAAAUUAAGAGGACCAAAAGCUAACUUAAAGAGCAAAAGGACGAAUUUGAACAGCAUUAAUAAUCGCAUUUCGCUUCGAAACCCAUACCAAAAUAAGCCCAUGCUCCUUUAAACACCCAUGCCAACACUUUUAAAAGAACAAGCUUGAAGUGAACGCAAUAACCUUCAAUUUGACUAAAAAUUUGCAGGUCCAAUCUAGAAUGAAGGAACUAACGGAGGAGAAAAAGCGAAGCGACGCAUUAUUGUACCGAAUGUUGCCGAAACAAGUCGCUGACCGGCUCAAACUUGGCCAAGGCGUCGAGCCGGAGACUUUUGACUCCGUUACGUUAUUCUUCUCUGAUGUUGUCUCUUUCACCACCUUGGCCAGCAGGUGUACCCCGCUGCAGGUAGUAUUAUUUCAGGACUUUUUUUAAAAUUAGUUCAGGUAGUAAAUCUUCUCAAUAAUCUCUACACGACCUUCGACGCAAUCAUCGAGCAACAUGACGUUUAUAAGGUCUUUUCCACAUUUUCUAGAACUUUCCCUAAAAUAAGGGUUGAAAAUUGGGAGAAUAAAGAUUUUUAUCGAGUUUCUGCGCUCCAGAAGCAAUAAAUUACUUGCAGAAUUCUGCCUUUUACCGCUUAAUUUUUUGCGUUGAGUUAGCUUCUGCUCUCGAUUAAUGAUGAAGCUCACGAUUUUCGGCUAAAUUCACAAAAAAAAAAUCAUGCGUGCUUUUUUCUCUAAAGCCUUACUUUUGAACUAACCUUUGAACCAUGUUUUGAACCAAAAAUAAAAGUUUAAAAGAACUUAUUCAAGGUGGAGACGAUUGGAGAUGGCUACCUGUGCGUCUCGGGUCUUCCCAAAAGGAAUGGAAACGAACACGCAAAAGAGGUCGCCGAAAUGGCUUUUGGCCUUCUUGAAGGCAUCAAAACAGUCCGAAUUGAUCAUCUACCAGAUGAAAGGAUCAAUAUUCGAGUUGGACUACAUACUGGCCCUGUAGUCACUGGGGUUGUAGGCGUGACCAUGCCGAGGUAAAGAUAUUUCCAUUUUCGAGGUAGAAAGCUUGAAAAUUAUGAAAUAAAGAUUAGAAAAUAGAAAAAAAAAGGAUUGAGAGAGCUUUAAUUUUGAAAAGAUAUUUGGAUAAUGAAAGAUAGAAGCCCAAAAAUUAGGAUAAGAAGUCUGAAGUUUUGAAAAAAAAAAAACUCAAAUUUUAAAAAAUUCCUUGAAGAUUUGAAAAGGAAUCUUAAAAUUUGUGAAAGGAAGCAUAACAUUCAAGAAAAGCUUUAAAGAGUUUGAAGGGAGCUUGAAAAUUGGAAUACAAAUACAAUAAGUCCAUUUUAAGAAUUUAAAAAAAUCUAAAUUUAGGUACUGUCUUUUCGGGGACUCGGUCAACACAGCCAGCAAGAUGGAAAGCAAUGGAAAACGUGAGUUUUUCUCUAUUUUUAAAGUAAAAAGUAAAAAACAAGUAAUUCUAGCCGGAAGAUGUCACAUAUCCUCGGAAACGAUGAAAUUUCUGACCGAAGUCAUUGGAGGUUAUAAAACUGAACUGCGAGGGGAAGUCAUGGUCAAGGUUUAGUUUCAAUUUUUGAUAGAUUUAUAGCAAAAAGAGCUUAGAUUAAUGAAAUCUUUGAGUAUGAAAAAGAAAAACUUACAGGGUAAAGGAGCUGUGGAGACGCAUUGGCUUCUGACAGCCGAAGAAAUCGCUCUCCGCGAAAACAAUCAAUGA